AAAAGACAGUCGUUGUGGUGAGCAAAAUGUUAGGUAAUAAAAUGGGGAAACCAUUAUUUAAAGAGCUGGAAAAUUUCGCUCAGGAAUUGUUCAACAGAGAUGUCGAGUUCUCCGCUUGUGGUCUGUUCAACCUUCACACAUCCAUCAUUGUGUCUGUAGCCAGCGCAGUUACUACCUACUUGGCCAUCAUCAUACAGUUCCAGACGUCUAGUAUUGGCGAGAACUCUACUACUAAAACAAGUGCUUCUAAAGUUAAAACCUCUUAGAAAAUUCACUAAAG